AUAAGAUAUCGCGAUAGGCCAUCACGUCUAUGUGAGAGUGUGGGGCGGAAGUCCGGUCUCUUUUCGGUGGCGGAUCUGAGUCGAGUCAGGCCCACAUUAUGAAGCUCAACAUCUCUUUCCCGGCCACUGGCUGCCAGAAGCUCAUCGAAGUUGAUGAUGAACGCAAGCUGCGAACCUUCUAUGAGAAGCGGAUGGCCACCGAGGUCCCUGCUGAUCCACUGGGUGAGGAGUGGAAGGGCUAUGUUGUCCGAAUCAGUGGCGGUAAUGACAAGCAGGGUUUCCCCAUGAAGCAGGGUGUGCUGACCCACGGCCGUGUGCGUCUGCUGCUCAGCAAAGGCCACUCCUGCUACCGCCCCAGGAGGACUGGCGAGCGUAAGCGCAAGUCUGUCCGCGGCUGCAUCGUUGAUGCCAACCUGAGUGUGCUGAACUUGGUCAUCAUCAAGAAGGGCGAGAAGGAUAUCCCAGGUCUGACCGACAGCACCGUCCCUCGCCGUCUUGGUCCUAAGAGGGCCAGCAAGAUCCGCAAGCUCUUCAACCUGUCCAAGGAAGACGAUGUGCGCCAGUAUGUUGUGAGGAGGCCCCUGACAAAGGAAGGUAAGAAACCCAGAAGCAAGGCCCCCAAGAUCCAGCGCCUGGUGACCCCCCGCGUCCUGCAGCACAAGCGCAGGCGCAUUGCCCUGAAGAAGCAGCGUACUCAGAAGAACAAGGAGCAAGCAUCUGAUUAUGCCAAGCUGCUGGCCAAGAGAAUGAAGGAGGCAAAGGAGAAACGCCAGGAACAGAUUGCCAAGAGGCGUCGUUUGUCCUCUCUGAGAGCCUCUACAUCCAAAUCAGAAUCCAGCCAGAAAUAAAAUCUUUAAAAUCUGUAAACACGAAAUAAAAAGGUUUUGCUGAA